AGAUUGAAACUUGGAUUUGAAGAGUAGUCUCAUAUUCAUAUACCUUAGUUUCUUCUCAUCUUUUGGAGAAGAAAUCACGCAUGCGCACAUGCCUAACCCUCUUCGUUUUUUCAAAUCCAAGUUUCACUCUUUCUACAAACUCUUACCAAGAUCCUUUCUUUCUUCAAGAUUCAACGUUCUUCGCCUCUUCCUCCAACUGGGUUCCCUCCAAUUUCUCCUAUUGGCUCCUCAGUAUUGGUAGAUUAUCAAAACCAAAUUGGGAUUUUUUUUUUUUUGGUUUUUUGAAAUUAUUAUUGGAAGAGUUUUUGUUUCUGUCUAGGAUUUUGGAGGUUUCAUUGUCUUUCGUGGGUAGGAUUGUUCGUAGGUUGUUUUUCUGUCUGACGAUUAUUUCUAUGCCUGAAUUGAAUCUUAUCCAUGAGAGAUUGAUUGAUUAGCUGGUGCUGAAUUGUUGGGAAGUUUACUCUAUAUCAUAGUGAAAUUCUUAGAAAGAUUAGAUUUUGUGUAUGGGUUUUGGAAAUCAUUAGUUAUCUGCAGAAAAAUUAUUGAUUUUUGUCACAAUUGUUUGGUAGUUUAGAAGAAUUGAAGGGUGGGGAUAUUCAUAGGUUUUGGUAAUUUUUGUUGUUACUAGUUGUUGAAACUUGGUGGGUUGUUUGUGUAAUCUGUUGCAUUGCAAUGUCUGGGGGAACACCUACUGGGGCAGGUAGUUUGAUGAGACAAAGACAUAGCCAGGGUUAUGCUAGUAGUGGUGAUGACUUGGAAGAUGAUGCAUGCUCGAGGCAGCGUUCUAUUCUGCCUCCAAGUCCUCCUCCACCGAGGACAUGGAUCGAGAUGCUGGAAAAUUUUCUUUGGCUUGCUUCGGCUGUUUUUAUUAUUUACUAUGGUGAUCAGCAUUCGAAUUUCAUAUAUCUCAUGUGCCAUGACGAUCGCAUUAGAAGACUGCCUUUAUAUCUUGGGAUGAUAGGUGUUGGUUUGAACGUAUUGAUUUUCGUUUAUACAACUAUCUUGGCAUGGAGCGUUCGGAGGUUUGAUGAAAAAUGGGGAUUAAAGAAAUGGGAAAUAACAAGUAUCACAGUGUUGCCGUUCGCCACUGUAUUUGGGAUAAUCUCCUUUUGCUUAUUCUCCUUUGCUCUGUGGCCAAUAUGGGGUUUCUUGACAAUUCCUCUUCUGUUUACACUAUUCAUGGCAUGCAUGGUAGUAAUCCCUUAUCUCAUAUUUGGGACUCUCCGGCCUCAGUAUGAUGAACUCCGUACAGAUUAAGCUUCUUGACAGUUGAAUUGAGAAAUAGUACUGACUUAGAUAAAGAGUUUCUAACACACAUCAAAGAUUGAUUGGUUGGUAGUAGAUUUGUUAUAUGUGGUUUGAAGUUUUGUCUCAAAUUAGUAUGAUGCGCGCUUUCCUAAACUGGUGCUAACCGUAAGAACUAAAAAUUCUUUUGAUCCUUACAAUUGAGUGAUGGUAACUCUGCUAGUCUUAGUUGCUACAGGUAGAGAGAUAUAGGACUUGUUUGUUGGUAGGUAAAAGUUUUCAGCUCUAUCAAUUGGAUGCCUUCGGAUUGAUGAUAUCAGAACAGCAUUUUUACAUUUC